AUGUCGUCGUCGCACGCCUGGCUGGACUCGCUGACCGAGGACUGGGUGUCGGAGCGAGGAUCCUCGCCCGCGCCGCUUCCCCUCGUCAAGUCGACCAAGAAGAGCCAGCCGACGCCGUCGCCGAAAAUCACCCCGAGUCGCAUACCGCGCUGGAGGCAUCCCGGCGUAGUUGCACCGCCGCCGCAGGACAAGAGCAUGACGAUUCUCGAGGGCGACCGAAGCUCCGAAGACAACAAGUCGCCCAAGAAGCGCCUGCUCAAGUUCGCAAAGGAUCGCAAGCCGUCGCAGAAGGGCCACGUAGGGCGCUCCCUCUCCUCGACCACGGGCUCCGUCGUGGUGCACAAGAACGCCCGGCAGCGAACGCCUGCCGCCCGCGGGCGAUCCGAGACGCCCGAGUGGAAGCGACGAUUGGUGCACGGCAAGCUUGAAUAUGGCGAGCAGCGCGACCUCUUUAGCUCGGCGGCUGUUGGCCUGCAGGACAUGUUCAAGCCGCCGCCGUCAAGCGAAGCCGACGUCGACUCGCCCUCUCCCAACCUCGACUCUCCUUCCCCCAACCUCGACCCGCCAGGGCAAAACAACCCGACGAAUACCUUUGACCCCGACCAGGAGCUGAACGCUGACGAGGAGGACGGCGAAUUUUCCCCGAACCAGGUCACACCGAGUCCGAGCCCUAGGAGGCCCCCGCGGGAGAUCAAAUACAAGCUCAACGUUGAGGAUGACCAAAACGACCACUCAGACGCAUCGCUUCUGAGCAGUGAUAGCCCCGAAGAGCAGGAAGAGGUUAGGCAAGACGAAGGCGCAGUCGCUCAAGAGGGCAGCUACCUCGACAUCCCCUCCUUGGUUGAAGGCGUAUCUCGAAAAGCCAGUGGCCAGAGUUAUACGCGAAACGAAGACUUCAGCCCCAUCUUGAUCGGCAAGCGCAGCGACGAGGACGGAAGGGUCGAGUUCACCCCCCUGGAGAUGCCGACGGAAGAGCUGCGGGAGAGACUCGAAAGACUGCAGCUCAAUCAGAUGAUUCUGGAUCCUUCGCACAAUGCCUCCGACAGCGCAGUGGAGGCGAAACCUCCAAAAUCCGACGCCGGCGACGAUUCUUCGAUCAAAUAUCAUUUUGACACCUCAUACGGAAGCAAUGAUUCACCUGAGGGGUCACUGCAGCACCGCAGUCUGAGUCCUGAUUUGGGCGAGGACUGGUCCGAGAUGCUGCCUGAGGAUUCUCUGCAGGCAAGCACGCCGAAACAGUUUCCAACGCUCCGGACCCAGGACGCCGAUUCGAACGUGAUGAAUUCCUUCUUCGAUAGCCCUAACGUGCCAAACGCACCGUUUCCAAGCCCUGACAAGAGGCAACUCCGCGAAACGAGCAACCAGUCCAACAGCACGAGCCCCCUGAAGCUGUUUGGGCCGUACGACACGUUUACCAACCAGACCUUGCUGCGACGCAUCAGUCAGUUUGAAGAGAGCUUGUCUGGCAUGAACUCGCGAGGAGACAUUUCGCCUUCCACGCCCAGCCGUGACCCGAGUAAGAAACGAGUUGACCGCAGCUCCGGGGCGCAGAGGUAUGUCAGCCAUUUUGGGGCUGGUGAACUGGAAGGGUAUGAAUUCACCAACGACUUGUCUCACUCGCCCGCCGAACAUUCCAGCCUCCUUUUCAAGGAGAAGACGACUCCAUUGCAUCCUCCCUUGGCCGCCAAGGGACCCCUCAAACUCGUCCCCCCGUCAUCGUGGCUCCAUGACGACGUUUCCCUGCAUGUGCACAGGAGCCGUCGCAAGAGCAGUUCGCAGACUCCCUCGGUCGAUGCUGAUGCUGAAGAAUACGAUUCCAUGUCUAGCUCGCCAGCCAACUCCGUCAGCUCGCAGGAUGAAGCCUACGACGAGUCCUGGGCCGCAAAGCGGGAUUACGGGUCCGAAGGCAAGCGGCCCAGAGCGUCUCCCUCCAAGCAUCCGACACCAAAGCGUCGCCGAACGCUCCAUCGCUCCGAUAUAGCCUUCGGCAGCGACGGUCGCAAGUCAAUCGUGCCAAAGCUGCCUCGCCCUGGCUCCAAAUCGCGGAGGCGCUCUCAGGCGGAGCGCUCAAACUCCAUCGAUCUCAAAGAUGCAGAACGACUGUCCAGGCGCCAGUCUCAUUCUUCCGCUCACACCUCAAAGUCAGUUCAGGAUGACGUCUCUCAAGGGAGGGCGCGCCGCUCGCCAACGAGGUCGUCGAUCCAGGAAGAGGAUGAACCAGAUAGCCCCGGUACCACUGGCGAGCGCAAGCCGUCUAUACGGACACAGGACUUUGUGGAUCAAGCUGCCCAGAUCAUGGCCAUGAUCCGCAACCAGGUCAGUCAGCCCGGGCUAUCCAGUCUUGAGGAAUCCGAGUUGGAGGCCGGGGUUGCCUCGCAGAAUGCUACAAUGGAGGAAUCCGACGGAUCAACGGCCGAGCCCUUCUCGCGACCGCCCAGUCGAGACGGGAAGCCGAUCCCCAGACAGGCCCGACAGCAAGAGGACCCCGAGCUGGUGAAACGGCUCAAGAAGUACCAGGAGAUGAGCGACAUGGGUGAUGUGAUCUCCUCGUCAAUGAGGUCUAUGGGCCUCGCAAAGGACGCAAUUCGCGCGGCCAAAGAGGUUGAACGCAUGGUAGACCGAGCCAGCCGCAUUCGAUCCAGUGGGGGCGGCGGCGGCGGUUCGAAUUAUGAUUCUGCGAGUGAAACGACGAGCCCGGUUCAUGACUUGUUCUCCAGCGCUUCUGCUCGCUCCACCAGCCACCUGUUUCCCACCUCUUCGUCUCGAGGCUCUGAAUCGCGAAAGAUGAUUGCCCCCGAGAGCGUGUCCCACCUGAUUCCGGACAAGAUUGGCGGCAUGUAUCUGGACAAGCAGAACAAUAUCUGGAUUCGAAACAAGGACUCCAAGGCUUCUCUGAAAUCCCACAACUCAGGGUCCGACGACAGCGAGGAAGAUCCGUUUGCCAACAUCCCAGACUUGUCCGUUGACAUGACGGAAGAGAUGCAGCAUCUGAAACAGACCCCUCGCGGCCGCGAAGACAUGGCGAGCAGCAAGGGCAAGACGUCUCGCCACAGCUCGGCCCAAACGCACUCACUCAAGAGUUACACGACUCUCGCGGCGUAUGAGCCACUUGACCCCGAGGUGGCGGCAAGGGCCAGGGGGGAGAUUGAGAAGCUCGAUGCCCAGCCUGGUGAGGGCUCUAAGAGUGCUGAUGACGGAGGGAGCCGCCUGCCUGUUCUCAAGGCCAAGACGAGCAGCGAUGGGCUGUCGUCGAAGCGCCGCAACAUUACGAUAUCGUUCACGUCGCCCAUUGCCUCGAUCAUCCUGGGCGUGCUUCCUGAGGAUAUAGAAGGCCUGGAAGACGACCCCGUGCCCGGUGAAUCAUCCGAGUCGCCUCCGCUCCACGCAGCUCAGUUUAGCGGCGCGAAGGUAGUUACGCCAGACCCUCUGCGGACCAUCCGCGCCACGUCCAUGUCUACAGGCAAGUUUACGCCUAGGCCGGUCUCGCGGAUUGACGAGCAGGAUGAGGAGAGCACGGUGGAACUGCCGAAUCAGAGUCGCAACCGGAGCCAGCACCAGCAAACACCAGCUCAGAAGGACCGCCACCUCAGCUUCAUCGGCGACAACACGAUGAUGAGUCUCAAAUCGCUAGAAGGCGGCUCGGGCUUUGGCUUCCUCAUGAGCACUCCGGCGCACGCUGCCGUCUCGCUCAAGGCCGACGACAGUCUCAUGAUUGGCCGCAACGUCGGAAAGCUCUCGCUGAGCCCGCUGUCCGAAUUCUCCAUGAACAAUCACGACAAGUCGUUUGGGCUCGAGGUGAGCUACGUCAUGGGACAGAGGCGAAUGGCGACGGGCGACGGGUCCAAGAAGGUGAUGUCCAUGACGCUGCGCACCCUUGUGGAGAAGCUCUCCGAGGCGCAGCCACACGAGCCGUAUUGGGAGGAUAUGACCUCUCUCACCCUCCAGGACAAGCAGCUGACCAGCCUGCACGGCCUCAACAAGCUUUGCUCCAGAAUCACCACGCUGGACGUGUCGAAGAACUCACUGGGGCAUCUGGAGGGCACUCCCGAAGGCGUGCGGCAACUCAAGGUGUCGAACAACAUGCUGACGGAGCUCACAUCGUGGGACCAUCUCAUCCACCUGCAGUACCUUGACAUUUCCAACAACCAAGUCAAGAGCUUGUCGGCGUUGAAGAGACUCAUUCACCUGCGGAGCUUGCGGGCAGAUAACAAUCUGUUGACGAGCCUUGAUGGGCUGGAUACCCACGAUGGCCUGCUCUCUCUCAGAGCACGCAACAAUCUGAUUGAGGAGCUUGACUUUUCCAACAUCGAGUGGGGGCGCUUGACGGAGCUCGACGUGGCCUCGAAUAAGAUAUCGUCGGUCAAAGGUCUUCACCUUCUGCCUUCGCUUUCUCAUCUGGAUGUCUCCGACAAUCACCUUGAGACGCUCGUGUUUGACAAGGUCAACAAGACGCUGCGGAAGCUCGACAUUAGCGACAACGAUAUCGAAGACCUGGACAUUCGGCACCUGGGUAGUCUGCAGACGCUCCACGCUGAUCGGAACCGCAUCAGCCACAUCUCUGGCUUCCGCCACGUCCGCCGGAUGGACAGCCUUUCCUUGCGAGAACAGCGGGGCGACGCGCCGCUUGAUCUGAGUUUCUUGAUCAGUGCCUGUGAGAUACGCAAGCUGUUCCUGUCUGGAAACUACCUGGGUUCGUUCCAGCUCCAGGCCGACUUCCUCAACCUACAGCUCCUGGAGCUGGCAAACUGCGGGCUGGAGGUGUUGCCCGACGAGUGUGGGCAGCUGAUGCCGAACUUGCGCACGCUGAAUCUCAACUUCAACGCCAUUCGGGAUCUGUCGUCGUUGCGAUUCAUCCCGCGACUGAAGAAGCUGCUCGCGGCGGGGAACCGACUCUCAGACACGGUGGUGGUGACGGAGCUUUUGACCGACUUUCCUCAUCUCACGGAACUGGAUCUGCGGGACAACCCCAUUACCCAGGGCUUCUAUCCCCCGGUCCAGAUGCUCAUCAGCCCGGAUAAGAUGGGCAGCGCCGACUCGUUUGUGAUGCCAGACGCGGACAUGGAUCGAGACGAGACUUUUGGCAAGCGCCUGGACGAGACUACGAGGCUACGUCGUCGUCUCCACGAGGUGGUGUACGUUGCUAGCUGCAAGCGCCUCCGCAGGCUGGACGGCCUGGCCAUUGUGAGGGAGAAGACUUUGGCCAAAGACGUGCUGUUGCAGAGGCUCAUUGACGAUGGGCUUGUACCCGAGCUGGAGGACACGCUGGUUGGCGAGUCUGAAUCCGCACAGCAACAGCAACACCACGGAGCGGCUCCAUCGCCGUCCAUCAGCACUGCAUAG